AUGGCAGUGAUAAAAGAAGCGAGAGAGUCCCACAUCAACCAGUUCUGCAGCACAUGGGGAAACUUCCAUUACAAGAUCUUUGAUGGAGCUUUCUUCCACCUUCCCUCCACCUGUAACUACAUCCUUACAUCCCAGUGUAAGGGCAGCUAUGAGAGUUUCAAUAUUCAACUCCAGCGACAGGAGGUGGACGGGGUAAUCAGCAUCAAGAGAAUUCUUAUGAAACUGGAUGGGAUCAUGGUGGAGUUAACCAACGCUUCAGUAAAAGUCAUGGAUAAACUUGUCUCCUUACCAUUCAGUCAGGGCGGCAUUUCAGUUUUGGAAACGAUGUCCUACAUUAAAGUUAAGGCUAACUUGGGUCUGGUUUUCAUGUGGAAUCAGGCGGACUCACUCUGGGUGGAGCUAGAUGCCAAAUUCAACAAUCAAACUUGUGGCCUGUGUGGUGACUUUAAUACAAUCCAGCUUAAUGAUGAGUUCAUCCAGUCAGGGACUUCCUUAAGUUUUGAUGAAUAUGCAGUGAAAUGGAAAGUUGAUAGUCCAACUGAAAUGUGUAAAGAACUCUCUUCUGAGGCUGCAAAUGAAUGCUCAAAUGAGACAGACCUCUGCAAGGAACUGCUGAAUGGACCUGCGUUCCGCAGCUGUCGCAACCUGGUUGACACUGAGUCCUUCAUAAAAGCCUGUGUGAAAGACAUGUGCAACUGCAACAGCAACGACAGCACAUGCUUGUGUUCGACUGUGUCUGAGUACUCCCGACAGUGCGCCCAUGCAGGUGGCCAUCCACAGCAGUGGAAGACACAUCAUCUCUGUGAAAAAUCAUGCCCUUUCAACAUGGAGUACAAGGAGUGUGGUAGGCCCUGCACUGAUACCUGCAGAUACCGGCAGAAAAGUCAGCUGUGUGAUGAGCACUGCAUUGAUGGAUGCUUCUGUCCACCUGGAACUAUAUUUGAUGAUAUCUCAGAAAGUGGAUGUGUUCCUGUUGAGAAGUGCCCUUGUUCCCAUGACGACCAGACAUACGAACCGGAGGAAUCAGUCAUGAUGGCGUGUAAAAAUUGCACUUGUUCAAAGGGUGAGUGGAGCUGUACAGAAGUAGACUGUCCUGCUAUGUGCUCCAUCCGAGGAGGAUCUCACUUCUCCACCUACGAUGAUAAGACAUAUACCUUCCAUGGAAAAUGUUCCUAUGUUUUGUCCAAGGAUGAAAACAGUGCUUUUACUGUGCUUGGUGAUUUUGACAAAUGUGAAAAAUCCGAUAAAUCCACUUGUCUGUCUGCCGUCACUCUGCUGUAUCAAAAUCACACGAUGAUUGAAGUUAAAGCCAACAAAGAAGUCCUAUAUAACCAACAAGUCUUUGAACUUCCUUUGUUUCUGCAUGACAUUGCAAUCUUCCGCCCAUCUACAUUCUUUAUUGUAAUCCACACUAGCUUUGGGCUUGAUCUUGAGAUUCAGCUCGUACCGACUAUGCAGAUCUACAUCAGAGCCGGUGUCUCCUUAAAGGGAAAAAUAUUAGGUCUUUGUGGAGAUUUCAAUGAUGACUCAAUGGAUGACUUUAAAACUACAAGUGGACUACCUGAAAGAACAGCGGUGGCAUUUGCCAACACAUGGAGGGCCAAAGCAACCUGCCCAGAUGUAAAAACUGAUCUCACAGACCCCUGCACUUUAAGCAUUGACAAAGAAAAAUACGCAAAAAGCUGGUGCUCCCUUCUGUCAGACACAAAUGGGAUUUUUGCACCUUGCCAUUCUAAAGUAGACCCAGAAGAGUAUAAAACUUCUUGCAUUUUCGACACUUGUGCAUGUGAAAACAGUGAGGAGUGCGUGUGUGCUGCCUUGUCCUCAUAUGUCCAUGCAUGUGCAGCUGAAGAUGUAUUCCUGAAAGGAUGGAGAAAAGAUAUCUGCAACAAAUACACCACAGACUGCCCUGCUACGUUUGUGUACAAAUACUACAUGACAAGCUGUGGUCGAACUUGCCGCUCUCUGAGUCAAUCAGACUUGACAUGUGAGGUUAUGGUUACCCCCGUUGAUGGCUGUGGCUGUGCUAAAGGAACUUUUCUAAACGAGAAAGGACUGUGUGUAUCGGCUUCAGAGUGCUCCUGUCAUGCAGGAAACACAUUGAUACAGCCUGGGGAGACGGCCACUGUCCAAGGACAAACUUGCUCCUGUCAUGCCGGAAAAUUACGUUGUGAAGGGAAACAAAUAACACAGCCCUGCACCAGUCCAAUGUUUUUCUUCACUUGCUCCGAUGCAAAGACCGGUGAAAAGGGGUCGGAGUGCCAGAACAGCUGCCAGACCCUGAACUCCGAAUGCGUUAGUUCACAGUGUGUCUCAGGAUGUGUGUGCCCUAAUGGCCUGCUGUUAAAUGGGACUGAAGGCUGUGUGGCAGAGGAAGAUUGUCCCUGUCCCCAUGAAGGAAAGUACUAUAAUCCAGGAGAAACUAUCACUAUGGACUGCAAUAAAUGCACAUGCAAAAACAGGAUGUGGCAAUGCACAGAUAAUGACUGUGGUGGAACUUGUACGAUAUAUGGAGAGGGGCAUUAUAUCACUUUUGAUAAGAAGAAAUUUGCAUUUAAGGGGGAUUGUGGCUACAUCUUCUCUCAGGACUACUGUGGAGACGAUGUGAAUGGUACCUUCAGGGUCCGGACUGAAAACAUCCCAUGUAUUGGAAGCGAAAGCAUUUGCUCCACCAGUAUCAAGCUCUACUUGGGGAGCAAUGAAAUUGUUCUGUCAGACGAAAGUGUCACAGUCAGUCAAAGCAAAGGGAUGGACAUACCCUUUAAAGUCCACACUAUGGGUAUAUAUGUCGUCAUUGAGGCAAACAAUGGCCUUGUUCUCAUCUGGAAUAAAAAAACAACACUCAUGAUCAAACUCAGCUCUGCAUUCAAGGGCAAAGUGUGUGGCCUGUGUGGAAAUUAUGAUGGGGCUAUCAAGAAUGAUUUUACUACUAGAAGCAACGAAAUUGUAGUUAAUCCAACAGUAUUUGGAAACAGCUGGAAGCUGUCUUCUUCCUGCCCAGAAGUAAACGCAACACAGAACCCCUGUGCUCUAUACUCUAAUAGACGUGCAUGGGCAGAAAAACACUGCAGCAUUAUCAAAAGUAAGGUGUUUUCGGCCUGCCACAACAAGGUGGAGCCAAGCCAGUACUAUGAUGCUUGUGUGACAGAUACAUGUGGCUGCAAUUCGGGAGGAGAUUGUGAGUGUUUCUGCUCAGCUGUGGGAGCAUAUGCAGCCACAUGCAAUGAGGCUGGAGCCUGUGUGAAUUGGAGAACUCCCACCAUCUGCCCUCUGUUCUGUGACUAUUACAACCCUGAUGGAGAGUGUGAGUGGCACUAUGCUCCAUGUGGAAAAUCAUGCAUGAAGACAUGCAGGAAUCCUUCAGGAAAAUGCUACAAUAAACUUCCACCACUGGAAGGCUGCUAUCCCACAUGCCCAUUUGAGCAACCAUACCUAGAUGAAGUUACCAUGAAGUGUGUGUCCGAAAAAGAGUGUGGCUGCUAUGAUGAUGAGGGGAAGCAUUAUAGAGAGGGAGAGUCAAUACCUACAGGAAAAAAUUGUCACAAGUGUUAUUGCUCUUCAACAGUGAAAAAGUGUACAUAUGAUGUGAACGGUGAGUAA